AAAAGCAUUCUCUCUCUCUCUCUCCAUUUUCAUUUUCAUGCUUCAAUAAAAAUUAUUAUUAUUGCUAGCUUUGUCUCGGUGAUACUCCAGAGUCCAGACCAUCUCAACAAACAACUUACUAUACACAUCAUAUUCUUUUGUCUUAGUCUCUCUCUCUCACUCUCUCUCUGGUUCACUGUGUGGUGAACUGUCUGGUGACCAAGUUCAAAACAAGGAUUUUAGAACACUUUUGGAAGGUAAAGAAAAUGGGUACCUUGCUUUGGUUUUUCUCAGUCAUUUCAGUGGCGAUUCACCUCUUUCCCAGAUCUUUUGCUCUCACUGAAGAUGGUCUCACUUUGCUGGAAAUAAAAACCACUUUAAAUGACAGUAAAAACUUCCUCAACAAUUGGUCGCCUACCGAUGAAUCUCCUUGCCAAUGGACUGGUAUCUCUUGCUAUCCUGAGGACCAACGAGUCCGUACAAUUAACCUACCAUACAUGCAACUUGGAGGGACUAUAUCUCCAAGUAUCGGAAGGCUCAGUAAACUACAGAGACUAGCACUUCACCAGAACAGCUUGCAUGGAAACAUCCCUACUGAAAUCACAAACUGUAGCGAGCUCCGAGCCUUAUAUUUAAGAGCUAAUUAUCUCCAAGGUGGCAUACCAUCAAAUAUUGGAAACCUUUCCCAUCUUACCAUCCUGGAUUUAUCAAGCAAUUUACUGAAGGGAGCUAUACCUUCAUCUAUUGGUCGCCUUACUCGAUUACGCAAUCUGAACCUGUCUACCAACUUCUUUUCAGGAGAAAUCCCAGACAUUGGAGUUUUAAGCACUUUUGGGAGCAGUUCGUUCACGGGUAAUCUAGAUCUUUGUGGACAACAAAUGCGUAAACCAUGUCGGACCUCACUAGGAUUUCCUGCAGUGCUUCCUCAUGCAGCAAGUGAUGAAGCAGCAGGUCCUCCUAAGAAAUCAUCACAUGACAUUAAAGGAGUGAUGAUUGGUGCAAUGUCAAUUAUGGGCCUUACUCUUAUUGUACUCCUUUUGUUCCUUUGGACACGUUUGCUAUCAAAGAAAGAAAGAGCUGCAAAGAGAUACUCAGAAGUCAGAAAGCAAAAGGUUCAUGAAGCAAGCACAAAACUUAUUACUUUCCAUGGUGACCUUCCAUACCCCUCAUGUAAGAUCAUUGAAAAGCUGGAGGCACUUGAUGAAGAGCAUAUUGUUGGCUCUGGCGGGUUUGGUACAGUGUACCGGAUGGUCAUGAAUGAUUGUGGAACAUUUGCGGUUAAAAGGAUUGAUAGAAGUCGUCAAGGUUCAGAUCAAGUUUUUGAGAGGGAGUUAGAGAUUUUGGGCAGCAUAAAGCACAUCAACUUGGUGAAUCUGCGAGGGUACUGCAGACUCCCUACUUCGAAACUUCUUAUCUAUGAUUAUCUGGCUAUGGGCAGUUUAGAUGAUUUCCUGCAUGAACAUGGGGUAGAAGAUCGAUCUCUAAACUGGAGCAAUCGCUUGAAAAUAGCCCUUGGUUCAGCUAGAGGACUAUCUUACUUGCAUCAUGACUGUUCUCCAAAGAUUGUCCAUCGUGACAUAAAAUCAAGCAACAUUCUCCUUGAUGAAAACUUAGAGCCCCAUGUCUCUGACUUUGGUCUUGCAAAGCUUUUGGUUGAUGAGGAUGCUCAUGUCACCACUGUUGUUGCUGGCACUUUUGGUUAUUUAGCACCAGAGUAUCUUCAAAGUGGUAGAUCCACUGAGAAGUCAGACGUGUAUAGUUUUGGAGUCCUUUUGCUAGAGCUUGUUACUGGAAAGAGGCCAACUGAUCCAUCUUUUGUCAAGAGGGGCUUAAAUGUUGUCGGUUGGAUGAACACACUUCUAAAAGAAAAUCGAUUGGAGGACAUUGUGGACAAGAGGUGCAAAGACGCAGAUGCUGAAACUGUCGAAGCAGUUCUUGAAGUAGCUUCCAGAUGUACAGAUGCUAAUCCUGAUGAUCGGCCAUCGAUGGGUGAAGUGUUGCAGUUGCUAGAACAAGAGGUCAUGUCACCAUAUCCUAGCGACUUUUAUGAGUCCCAAUCAGAUUAUUCUUGUAAGACAUAACUAAUCUAGUUAUCAGACUUGUGCAGCAGAAUUGUGUUGCUUCUUUCUCUUAUAUUUUAUCUCUUGGGGGCCUGUAAAAAAAUGAUAACCUAUCUUAGAAAUCUUUGUUUUGGUAUGGUUUCUCUCAAGUUUUCCUCCAAGACGUGGAGGCCAUAAAUUUUUUAUGCAAAAAAUUUAUUUAUUAUGCGUCA